GGUGUCACCUUCCCCGACCCCCAUGUCAGCAACUGCUCGGCCAAGCGGCACGCGGGGGAGGAGGAGGUCAGGAUGCGCGUGAAGCCCCCGGGCCCAGUGGUAACGACCAGCGUUGUACGUGGCUCCCCCGACUACGUCCGAGAGCCCAAAUUCUACCCGCCGGGGCACCCGGUCCAACGGCCCCCGGCUUGCCCGGCGGAAAAAGCCUUAUCCUGCAGCGUCCUGAGCUUCCCUGAGGGCUCCUGCCCCGCGCUCGGCCGGGAGCACCAGGCGGGCUCGCUGCUGCUGCACGGCGACCCGGCCGACCGGUGCCAGGGCGUUCACGGGGGCACCAAAGCAGCAGAGGAUUUGCUGGGCUGCGCCGGGGAACCCCGGAUCCUGGGGGGUAGCGGGGAAGAAGCAACCGCCCGUGACCGGGCGCCCAAAACCUUCCCCAACGCGACGCUGGCCUCGGGCCGCUGUAACGUCGAAGGCAUCCUCGCCUUGCUCCGCAGCAAGUGCGGCAACGGGCACAUCAACCUCCACCCCGUGGUGCAGCUCAUCGACAUCAUGAAGGACCUCAACCGCCUCUCCGAGGACCUCAAGAGCAGCGGGGUGCACCUGGACUGCGGCAACCUGCGCGGGGGCGGCGGUGGCCACGAGGACAGCCGCCUCCUCCCCGCUGACCGCGACCUCCAGUACAGCUUCUUCUCCUCGCCCUCCCUGGCCAACAGCAUCCGCAGCCCCGAGGAACGGGGGGUGCUCUGCAAAACUGAGCCUCCCCGGCACCCCCAGCCCCCAGCCCGCGAAGGAGAAGCCGAGGGAGGUGGGGGGAGCGCCCCGCAGCCCCCCGGCCACAGCGGAGGCGUGGGGGGGGGCGCCUCCAAAGCGCCGGCGGAGGAAGCCGGUUGUUCCCAACCCGAGGCCGGUGAUUACUCGGAUCUGGCCGAGGCGGACAUCCUUAACGAACUGGCCUCCUUGGCUUGCCCGGGGACGCAGCUGCUGGAGUCGCAGGCCAUGGAGCCGCAGCCCCAAUUGCUGCCGGCCCAAGAGCUGGACUCCCAAUCCCGGCUGCUGGAUUCCCAAUCCCUGGAGUCGCAGCCUCAGCUGCUGGAUUCGCAGAGCCUGGAGCCGCUGCCGGAAUCGUUGGAGCUGCAAAACCUGGAGCCGUUGGGGCUGCAGUCGCUGGAGCCCCUCUCGGAAUCGUUGGAGCUGCAGUCGCUGGAGCCUUUAUCCGAGUCGCUGGAGCUGCAGUCGCUGGAGCCGCUGGCGGAGCCCCUGGGGCUGCAGACGCUGGAGCCGCUGCCGGGGACGCUGGAGACGCCGCUGCUGGAUGCCCGGGCCCCUCUUCUGCCCACCGAGCCCUCGCUGCUGGAGACGCAGCCCUUGGGGACCGUGUCGGAGCUGCUGGAGGCUCAGCCGGGCUCCGGGGAGCCGCUGCGGCCCCACGGGCUGCAAGCCCGGCUGGGGGGUUGUCCUUUGGGCAGCGUGGUGAAACGGGGACCCUGUGGGGGGCGGGGGGCCGGGAGGUGCGGCGAGGACCACCGCAAGUACGCCCUGCGCCGGACAGACAAGCCAAAGAUGCUGUGCCGCCGGAGGAGGGCAGGGCGAGGGCGGCGGGUGGACAUCACCCCCGAGAGCCGCGUCCUGUCCCCCCUCGCCCUGCCCGCCGAGGUGCCCCCCGGCCCCGAGGAACCCAGCGCCCCGCUGCUGGCCCCCCCGCCGCCUCCGCCGCCCCCCACCACCACCACCCUAGACCCCGACGAGGUGCCCAAGCCUCCAGCGACGGGGAAGAAGAGCAAGUGCCGGGGGGUGAGGAAGAUGGUGGUGAAGAUGGCCAAGAUCCCCGUGUCCCUGGGGAGGAGGAACAAGACCACCUACAAGGUGUCAUCGCUCAGCAGCAACCUGAACCUGGAGGGCAAGGAGCUGGCGGCCAGCAGCUCCAUGGAGCCCACGCCGCUGCUCAAGAUGAAGAACAACGGGCGCAACGUAGUGGUGGUCUUCCCCCCUGGAGAGAUGCCCAUCAUUCUGAAGAGGAAGAGGGGGAGGCCUCCUAAGAACCUGCUGCUGGGUCAAGCCAAGCCCAAGGAGCCCGCCCCGGAGGUGAAGAAGAGGAGGAGGAGGAAGCAGAAGCUGGCUUCCCCUCAGCCAUCCUACAUCGCCGACACCAACGACAGCAAAGCCGACUACUCGGACGUGCUGGCCAAGCUGGCCUUCCUCAACCGGCAGAGCCAGUGCUCGGGGCGCUGCUCCCCGCCGCGCUGCUGGACCCCCAGCGAGCCCGAGUCCAUCCACCAAGCCCCCGACACCCAGAGCAUCUCCCACUUCUUGCACCGCGUCCAAGGUUUCCGCCGGCGCGGGGGCAAAGCGGGGGGUUUCGGCGGGCGCGGGGGGGGGCACGCCGCCCGUGCUGCCCGUUGCUCCUUCAGCGAUUUCUUCGAGGGCAUCGGGAAGAAGAAGAAAGCCCCCACCGCCCUCCACGCCGACGCCGUGCACCCCCGUAAGCGGGGAAGGCCGGAGCCCGACCCCGUGGGCAAACCCAAGCGGAAAAGACGGGCCCGCAAGAACGGGGCCCUCUUCCCCGAGCCCAACCCUGGGCAGAGCUUCGGCGACGGCCCCGCCGAGUGGGCCAGUGGGGAGAAGGGCAGCCCUUGGGCCCCCCAUCACGGCCACCCCGGCGGCCAGGCCGGCCGUAAUGGCGGCUACCAAGGUGCCGAGGCCAGGCCUUUCCACGCUGCCGGGAUGGAGUCGGGCUCCUCCGGCCGGGCCGGUUUCUACGCCGGGAAUGCACCGUCCUCGCAAACGGAGGCCGGCCCGGAGAGGCACAGCCUCUUCACCGGCUACUUUCGCUCCUUGCUGGACUCGGACGAUUCCUCCGACCUGUUGGAUUUCGCCCUCUCGGCUUCCCGCUCCGAAUCCCGCAAGUCGGCGGCCGCCUACACUGCUCCCCCGGCCACCUUGCCCGGCCAGCGGGGCCUAGCGGCCUACCCAUCCCGGGGGGGCAAGGUGGCGGCGGCCACCCCCGGCGCCGAGGCCGCUUUCCACGCCGCCAUGCAAGGCCGGCCUGCGUUCCCUCCCGGCCGCCCCGCCGCCGGCUACGGGGUAUCCCAAGCCUCAUCGGAAUGCCGGGGUGCCGAGUCCUUCCCCAAACUGGCACCACCCUCCGCCGUCUCCCGGUCGCCCACGGCUCACCCGGCGGCCAGCGGGACCCCCGGCUACUCCCCCUACGGCAACUACGGGGCCGGGCAAAGCGUGGCGCCCGCCAGCGUCUUCCCGCCGGGGAAGCAGUACCCGUCGGCGCAGGAUUGUCCCAACAGCAAGGACUGCAGCUUCGCCUACGGCAGCGGCAGCAGCCUCCCGUCCUCCCCCAGCAGCGCCCACAGCGCCGGCUACGCGCCCCAGACGGCCGGUCCCAGUUUGCCACUGGGCAAAGCCGCCUUCUUCAACAGCGCCGAGCAAGGAGGGGGACAGUUCUCCAGCGCAGCGCACACCCCCUUGAGAUGCGACAGCCGGGCCAGCACCGUCUCGCCUGGCGGCUACAUGGUGCCCAAGGGUUCGGCUUCUUUCCAGCCCUCGCCCGAAAAUUGCCGGCAGUUCCCCGGCGCCGCGCCGUGGGCUUUCCGGCAAGGCUACGGCGGGUUGGACUGGAGCUCGGAAGCCUUCAGCCAACUCUACAACCCGGGUUUCGAGUGCCACCUCAACGAGCCCAACGUCAUCCUGGACAUCUCCAACUACACCCCGCAGAAAGCCAAGCAGCAGACGGUCUCGGAGACCUUCUCCGAGUCCUCCUCUGACAGCACCCAGUUCAACCAGCCGGCCGGUUACCGGCGCGCCAACAGCGAGGCUUCCUCCAGUGAGGGCCAGUCCAGUCUCUCCAGCCUGGAGAAGCUGAUGAUGGACUGGAACGAGGCAUCCUCCGCCCCGGGCUACAACUGGAACCAGAGCGUCCUCUUCCAGAGCAACUCCAAGCCCGGUCGGGGCCGACGGAAGAAGGUGGACAUGUUUGACACCUCCCACCUGAACUUCUCCUCUUCUUCCUCCUCUUCCUCCGUCUACCCCUCCAAGAGGAACACGGGACCCCGGCAACCCCGAGGUUCCCGGGGGGCUUGCGCCUCCAAGAAGGAGAGGGGGACGGGCAAGGCCAAGUUCCCCACCAAGUCGCAGGCGGUCAACCCCCUCUUCCAGGAGAGCACGGACCUGGGCUUGGACUACUACAGCGGGGACAGCAGCAUGUCCCCCCUGCCCUCCCAGUCCCGGGGCUUCGGGGUGGGCGAGCGGGACCCCUGCGACUACGCCGGCCCUUACUCCAUGAACCCUUCCACCCCUUCGGACGGGACCUUCGUCCAAGGUUUUCAGAGCGACUCCCCAGGUUUGGGGCAGGCGGAUUUGGAGAGCAAGCACUUCCCUGCCCUCCCCCACCAGCUGGCGGCCCCCCCCGGCCAGCAGACUGUCUUCGAGGCCGGCUUGCAGAAAGCCUUCUCGCCCAACUGCUCCCCGACUUUGGCCUUCAAGGAGGACCUCCGGGCGGGGGACAUCCGCAAGCUGCCCGCCUGCGACUCGCUCAAACACAGCAUGCAGGGGGGGGCCCUGCCGCACGCCCCCCACCUGGCUUGCCGCGAUCUCCCCAUGCCUCAACCCCACUACGAUUCCCCCAGUUGCAAAAACCCACCUUACUGGUAUUCCCCCAACGCCAGCACCCGGAGCCCCUCCUACGACGGCAAAGCGGGGGCCGGGAUGUUGGUGGACUUCAUGGGCAGGACGGACCCCCCGUGUCUCAACCCCCACUUGAGCAGCCCAGGUGGCCCCCACCCCUCCAAGGGCGAGAAGGAACCCUUGGAGAUGGCCCGGGCUCACCAUCGAGGACCCUACGCUUGUCCCUUGAUCAAUGACUUGAACAUCUCCCCCGUACCGAGAGACUCAAUGCUGCAGCUGCAGGACAACUACAGGUACCCCAGUUUUGCACCCCAAGGGCACCCCGUCAUGGCCCCCACCCAGAAGAGCGGGUUUUUGGGACCCAUGGUAGAGCAACAACAACACCCCGAGGACACUUUUACGGUCACCUCAUUGUAGUGUCUGCUGACGUGCCAACCGGACAACGAGGUUUUGUUACAGG